AUGCACAUGCGCGAAGAACCUUGCCAGAGACGCGAAGGGAUCGUGCGCAAUAGCGCUCACGACGUAGCGCUAACCGACGCCUCGGAACAACGCAUCCACGCAAAGCCUCGACAUGGAUUCAUCAUCGGCUUACGGCUCGUGGGGUAUGCAGCCCAACGCGAAUCCAGGGCCGGCAUGGCAGUUCGCGCCCGACGGUGUGCCGCAGACUAUGGCCGCCUCUUCGAUGCCAUCCGUGCCAUCCAUGAGUGCUUUUUCCACGUCCGCUGUCGGUACCGCGAGCACCGGUCUGUAUCCGACAUAUCUCGGCGUUCACGACCAGAUGAUGCACCAAUCACAACCUCACACACACCAGCAACAGCAGCUUGA